CCCGUACGAGCAUCAAUUGGUCGGUACAACACCAACCUGCCACAAACGAUUUAUUCCCUUCUUUAUCUUAGCUACAACGUCAUUCUCACACGGAUAUUCGUCGCCCGUGAAUGGAGCAAAUAUUGUAGAAAAUAUGCAGGGCUGCGAACUUCAUUCGCAAAAGGUGAACAGCGGAGCACAUUUUCCUGCAGCUACCGUACCGCUAUGCCAUUCCGUUCGCAGCCCUAUCACUACUCCUACAUUGGAUGAUCUCCCAAAGCGUCUUUUUUGUCGCCGUACGCGUAAUGAGCCACGGGAGCGAGCAACUAUAUACCAGCGGCGACGACAGAGGGAACAAGUCAUUUCGGACCCUGGAUACUCGCCCAUAGCAUUUAUCCCAAGCAUUUAUCCCAAGCAUGAUCCUUGCGACGUUGAUGAUUAUGGCGGUAGUGACCCAUACCAGAAGGAAGUACAUUGUAGGGAUACCGUUUGCCGCUUCGUGCAGUGCGGCUAUCAGUGCUGCGUGCCAUGCAAAUAAUAGAGUGGAUAUGUUUGAUAACCGUGUGAAGUGGGGGGUAGUGAGUGCAGCUGACGGGGUUGGGUAUUGUACAUUCAGAGUAGCAGAGGUAGGUGAAGUUGUUGAGGGGCAGUAUUAUGCG